AUGGCCCCUAUCGAGCGAAUCACUCUCUUCAACGUCCCCAAGGAGGAGGACCGCAAGCGCCUGCUUGAGCAGUACAAGGUCCUUGCGAAGACUGCCACCAGGGAUGGCAAGCCCUACAUCCUCGCCGCCGCCGUUGGCGAGUCCUUUGACGAUCCCCGUAACAAGGGCUUCAACAUCUCGGUCAAGACUACCUUCGCCUCGCUGGACGAUAUGAAGUAUUACGAUACCGAGUGCGAGGCACACAAGGCACUGAAGGCUGUUGCGGGCCCAGUCAAGACCGAUGUUCUGACUACCUACUACGAGAACGUCCUGUGA